GUUUUUUUACUCUCCCGGAAGUAAAACAGAAAAGAAAACACAUUGCCGAGACAGUCUGGAUGAGUCCUCGUCCUUGCGUUGAUUACAGCAUCUUUUCCUGUUUAUGUAGUUAACAUUCCGUUUAUAUAACAUAGCAAACACAAGUAGCUAUUAAUAUUCUGAUAAACUUGUCUUGGUGCACCUUAAAGCUUCGUAAACUAUCUUAGCUUGCUAGCUGCAAAGUUAGCAACAUAUCGUUCAGCAGCGCACGAGUGUGAGUGUAAAGUGUUAUGAUUAUCGUGUGAAAAUGUGUAAAGUCGAAAUGCUGAGAGCGUUGCUGAAUCAGCGACUAAAUGCGGCCGUUGAAGAAGUAUUUGUAGUGUUUGAAAGAACGAUAGCUGAGUACGAGGAGGAACUUUGUCGGACGAAAGAGGAGAACGAGCGGCAACGACAACUCCUGGAUGCUGUUUUCAAGAAACCUCGACACGUACCAGAUGUCAGUGAAGAAGGUCUGAAUCCAGAACAGCAGGAUCGGAGCUCCAGGGUGGAACAGGAGGAGCCGGAGCCCCCCUACAUUAAAGUGGAAGAGGAUGGAGAGCAUCUUCAAGGGCUGGAUUUCUCAGUGUAUCGUGUCAUUGUGAAGAGUGAAGAUGAUGAAGACAAAGGUCAAGGGGAAGAAGGUGCAAGCAGCAGCUCAAGUCGUCACAAGACAACAAAAGGUGAUGGAGGAUCACAAGCAGACAGCCGCUUAGCGCCAUUGUCAGAUAGUGGUGACACAAUGUCUGACACUGACGAUGAACACUCUAAAAAUGAUGUGACAGGACACACUGAUGACAAACACGUGAAAUGUACUCAGUGUGACAAAACGUUUGGAAACAAGCGGAAUCUGAAACGACACAUGAGAUGUCACACCGGAGAGAAACCCUUCCUGUGCUCAGAUUGUGGCAAAAGAUUCUCUCGGAAGGAUUAUUUAAUAACGCACACCAGAAAACACACAGGAGAAAAACCUUUUUCCUGCUCAGUCUGCAACUCAAGUUUUACUUUUCAGUCGGCAUUAUUUCAACACAUGGAAACCCACUUUGGGGAGAAACCGCAAUGUCCUCAAUGUGACAAAACCUUUGGCAACAAGAGAAACCUGAUAAGACACAUGAGGCGUCACACGGGAGAAAAACCAUGCAUCUGCUCAUUCUGUGGUGAAAGAUUCUCCCUGAAGAGAAGUUUGAUCAGACACAUCAGAACACACAUUGGUGAGAAAACCUUCUCCUGCUCCAUCUGUAACACAAGUUUCUGCUAUCAGUCCGGUUUGAGUAAGCACAUGAAGAAACACACCGGCGACGGCGUUGAGCUCAAGUGUAUCAAGUGUGAGUGUCUAUUAUUGUGUUAUCGUGGGGAAAUGUGUGCCAAAAUUGAGAAAGAAGAAUAUGAGGGUGAACUUUCUCGGACAAAAGAGAACAAGCGACGACGUCAACUACUGGACGCUGUUUUCAAGAAGCCUCAAAUUGUCUUCCAGAAAGCAGAUGUCAGUGAAUGUCUUUGUCCAGAGCAGCCGGAGCCAGAGUCCCCUGUUAAAGAGGAAGAGGAGGAGAGAGCGCCUUCUUGCGUUACAGAAGAGAAGCAGUCACAACUUCCCCACAUUAAAGAGGAAGAAGAUGAGACUGAUAUCACCAAUUUUCCCUUGACUGAUGUCAUUGUCAAGUGUGAAGCUGAUGAUGAAGGCGAAGGUCAUGGUGACAACUGUGGAGGAUCACAAGCAGACAGCCUUUUACCUCCACUAUCAGACAGUGACGACCAAACGUCUCACGCUUGUGAUACUGAUGACGAGAGGCCAUCAAAAGGUGACAGGACCCGUCAUGCUGACAACAAACCCUGGAAAUGUUCUCAGUGUGAGAAAACCUUUGAUGCCAAGUAUACUUUGAAAGUACAUAUGAGAAUACAUACGGGCGAGAAGCCUUUUGCCUGCUCAGUUUGUGGUAAAACGUUCACUCAGAGGGGACAUUUGGGAACACAUGCAAGAAAACACACCGGGGAAAAACCUUUUGUUUGCUCCUUUUGCGGGAAACGAUUCUCUGGAAAAGGAAACUUAAGAACACAUACAAGAACACACACUGUGGAGAAACCUUUUGCCUGUUCAGUGUGUGGUAAAAGAUUUACUAUCAAAGGAAACUUAAGAACACACACAAGAACGCACACUGGGGAGAAACCUUUUGCAUGCACAGUUUGUGGUAAAAGAUUCUCUCAAAAGCCAAAUUUGGUCACACAUGCCAGAACUCACACCGGGGAGAAACCUUUUGCAUGCUUAGUUUGUGGUACAACCUUCUCUACAAAGGAUGGUUUGAUCAGGCACACUAAAACACACACUGGAGAUAAACCUUUUCCCUGCUCAGUUUGUGGUAAAAGAUUCUCUCAAAAGCCAAAUUUGGCUGCACACGCAAGGACACACAGUGGAGAGAAACAUUUGUCUCAUUUUCUGGGAACAGAUUCAAGAUGAAUACAAUUGGUGGGCCGACUUUUUUUUUUCCCUUCAGUGCGACACCAAUUAUUGGUAAUCAAGGAAGCCGAUAACCAAUAUUUGUCGUGGAAAAUUAUUUGCGUCAAUAUUUUUAAUACAAGUCCCAACAUUUUGUUGUAAUGCAUUUUGUCACAUGUUUAUCAAACAGCUUUUUAGACUUGCUUCAAAACAGACAUCUUUGUUCUUAAGUCUAACUAAAAAUGCAGGGAGCUUGCAGGCUCAGCGGCAUGUCUUCUAAAGUUGAAUGAAAACAUGAAUAAAUAAAUUGCUGCCUAAAGUUUUCUACAGUAAAUAAAGUUUUAUGAAAUUUCAAUAUCAUUAUACUUUUAAUCUUUCACUUCUCACUCAUUAUUAUUAUCUUUGUUUAAAGUUCAAAAUCAAGAGUCCCCAGUCCUCUAUGCAGCGACAGACCAGCAGGUCACCAAUGUGAAGUCCACCUGAGAAAUUAACUUCUCAAAAUAACCCAGUUUGGGAUGGAUCACUUAAUUGUCAGUCAGAUUAAAAAACAAACAAACAAACAAAAACAGCAUGUACUGACCUACGCCAACAUACCAAAUAUCAGCCCCAAUAAUCAGCUCGGUCGCUAAUUGGUCAAUCACGAAUGAAGACAAAUUCAAUAGGGCAAACAAAAUCAUACAGGUGGUUAGGGCAUCCGCCACACAGUUCUGGAGUUGUGAGUUUGAAUCUGGGUUCUGGCCCUCCUGUGUGGAGUUUGCAUGUUCUCCCCAUGCUCACGUGGGUUUUCUCUGGGCACUUAAGAUUCCUCGCACUUUCCAAACAUGCUUCUUAGGUUCAUUAAGGGCUGUGUUGUGCCUAAGUGUGAAUAUGAGUGUGAAUGUUUGUUUGCCUGUGCUCUGCCAAUUGUCCAGGGUAUACACCGCCUCUCAUCCAAAGUCAUCAGGGAUACCCAUGAGACAAGUGGGGACAAGCAGUUUACAAAAUAGAUGGAUGGAUAGGGCAGAAACAGUUUACACACUCAGUUUGUUGUAAAAGGUCGCCAAGUAAAGAUAAGACCAAGAGACACAAGUAAAGGGCCAAAUUGACUCUGGUGGAACUUUGACUCUUUGUGGUAUGAUGGAAAAAUGUAUAUGCCAUCUUAAAUAAAAUACAAGUCAAACAAUGA